ACCAAUUAGAAUCGCGGAAGCGCAGUGACUAGGCGUGGGACGUGUUGCUGGGGGGAAGGGGUGUGUGACACCUGAGAGUUUAGAGGGUCGGGGUCAGCUGACUGACUCCAGCCCCGAUUUAGUCCUGACGGCCAGUGUUGCGGUCGCCACGGAGUAGAGAUGACAGCGGAACGACCCCGCACAGUACUCCUGGGCAGACAUGGGGGACCGCGGAUGCUGGGGUAUAGGGGAGUCUGUAGGGUUCAGGUAUUUGCUGUGAACUUCUUGUUGCUGUUGUCUGCGGCAGUAUUCGGGGCUAGGGCAGAGAAAGACUUCAGUAUGGUUCAGCCGCUGGUGACCAUGGAGCAGCUGCUGUGGGUGAGCGGGAGGAAGAUCGGCUCUGUGGACACCUUCCGCAUCCCGCUCAUCACAGCCACUCCUCGGGGCACUCUCCUUGCCUUUGCUGAGGCCAGAAAAAUGUCCACGUCUGAUGAGGGAGCCAAGUUCAUUGCUCUGCGGAGGUCCAUGGACCAGGGCAGCACGUGGUCUCCUACAGCAUUCAUUGUGGAUGAUGGGGAGACCCCUGAUGGGCUGAACCUAGGGGCAGUGGUGAGCGAUAUUGAUACAGGAGUAGUAUUCCUUUUCUACUCCCUGUGUGCUCACAAGACUGGCUGCCAGGUAGCCUCCACCAUGUUGGUAUGGAGCAAGGACGAUGGUGUUUCCUGGAGCCCUCCCCGGAACCUCUCCUUGGAUAUCGGCACUGAGAUGUUUGCCCCUGGACCGGGCUCUGGCAUUCAGAAACAGCGGGAGCCACAGAAGGGUCGACUCAUCGUGUGUGGCCAUGGGACACUGGAGCGGGAUGGGGUCUUCUGCCUCCUCAGUGAUGACCAUGGUGCCUCCUGGCACUAUGGCAGUGGGGUCAGCGGCAUCCCUUAUGGCCAGCCGAAGCGGGAAAAUGAUUUCAACCCCGAUGAGUGCCAGCCCUAUGAGCUCCCAGAUGGCUCAGUUGUAAUCAAUGCCCGGAACCAGAACAACUAUCACUGCCACUGCCGAAUCGUCCUUCGCAGCUACGAUGGCUGUGAUACACUGAGGCCCCGUGAUGUAACCUUUGACCCCGAGCUCGUGGACCCUGUUGUAGCUGCAGGAGCUGUAGCCACCAGCUCCGGCAUUGUCUUCUUCUCCAACCCAGCCCAUCCAGAGUUCCGAGUGAACCUGACCCUGCGCUGGAGCUUCAGCAAUGGUACCUCAUGGCGGAAAGAGACGGUCCAGCUCUGGCCAGGGCCCAGUGGCUACUCAUCAUUGGCAGCACUGGAGGACAGUGUGGGCAGGGAGAACCAGGCCCCCCAGCUCUUCAUCCUGUAUGAGAAAGGCCGGAACCACUACACAGAGAGCAUCUCCCUGGCCAAAGUCAGCAUAUAUGGGACGCUCUGAGCUGUACACCUGCCACAAGGGUAGAAGACACUGGACUCAGCCUUCAGGACCAUGGGCUAAAGAUGCCUAAAAGACAGUUUCACCUUCAUUUAGACCCUAGCCUUUUGCAAAAUCAACUUUUCUUUGACAGGGAAAUAACUCCGUUAGGACUAAAAGCCUGUCUUCUACUCCCGCACAGGAAGUUCUGCCCCCACCUGGGAGCAUUUCCUUUCCACAUCACUGGGUCUGGCCCCCUUACCCUUUCUUCUCACCCAGGACAAUAAUUGAUCCUUUUUCUUGGGCAGGGUUAGGUGAGCCUUUAGAAUUGAAUAAUGUGAACUCAGGGAAUUGGGGAAGGCUGAGCUUCCUCUUUGAGGUAAGGUACUGGCUUUGGAGAAGAUUGGUGAAGGUCCUGGGAGGGCAGGAUGUUUGCUUUCAGGGUAAGAAAGUAGAUGCACCACCUACCUUUACUAUUAUGAAUCAAAAUGUUUGUAACAGAACGUUUUUAAUGAAGGACAAUGAACAUGUGCAGUCUGUGGUUUGGUCAGUGCCCAUCUUCAUGUCUGUGUGCCUCAUGUACACCAUGAGGCUGGGAAUGAGCUGGGGAGGAAGCUAAUGUGCUUAUGGCCUCUGAAAAUCUGACUUUGGCAAAUCAAGUACUUCUUUCCCUUUCACGUUCUUUCUUAGCCCAGAAAAACAGAUUGAUCUUCACUGGUGUAAUGCAGAGUGGGAGGGGGACCCUCAAAUAUAUUUAAAAAUCUGCUCUGUUUUGUAUUUCUAAAAUGAGUGGGGUGCUGUCCUCCACAAGGCAGGAAGCAGGUGUGUACAAUGCAGAUGGGAAGCCUCUUCCCAAGCCAGCUUGUUAGAGAAUAAACACAAAUUUUGAGAAAAGAAA